UAGCUGUUUUGCCAAAGAAUACGGUACGAGUGCGUGAAAACGUGCUGUAAGAAACGGAGGUAGAAAGUGGGAUUUACCUCCGUGUCUGCAAAUGUCAUGCAAAAAGCUAAGCUGUGAAACGGUAACGUGCUCAUGCAUAGAGAAGAGAAGUGAUAACACCUUUCCUAUCGUUUCAAGCUAAACAGAGCUCAACACCAUGUGCUUAACAUGUGACCAUUGCUUUUCUUACAUUGUACAGGAAGUUUUUGUAUACACACAGCACUAUGGCUGUAACUCAAAUUAGUUAGCAGUCUAAUUGACUAAUGCUUUAACAGUAAUUGAACUGCAAUGGUAUUCUCUACUCUCUAGGACACUUGAAUAGACAGCUAUUCAACAAAACAUUUCUUGCAUAUGUAUGGGUUUUGAUGCUGCACAUCAGGCAGGGGACAAAAAUGCAUUGUGCUCUUCAUGCAUCCUAUAUAAGUUCACCUGUUCAGAUGUGAAAAAUGGAAUGUAAUUUUUUAAAAUAAUUUGUUAAAUCUUGUUUUCAUGCUAUAAAAAUAACCUGACUGAGGUUGCCAUAAUUAAUUGAAUUCACGAAUAUGCAAUUGCAUGAGCUCUGACCUUUAAUUAUAGUUACAUAGAUCCAUCGUUAUUGAUUAUAAGUACAUGGAGAUCUCAUUUGACGUGUGAGGAGCGCGUGCUCGUGUUGCAGAAGCAGAGCUGAAACAGUGAUUGGUUACAGCAUUUUCAAGCUGUCUUUGGUACACUGCAGUUUUAUGGAGAAAAUACUCUGCAAUGGUUUAAAAUGGUAAUUUGCACAUGGUUUAUCUUAAAGCAUAUUAAAACACCACAUACAAACAACAUUAAAACCUUGAUUUUCACCACAGGAGGACUUUUAGAUGCUAGUCCAUGGAACACAAAAUCGGCACAAUGGUGCUAGCAAAGAGCACGAGGCUUGAAUUUCCAAGCCUGAAUUUAUUAACGCCCCAAGCAAGACCCUGAAGGACUGCUGCCUGGAAUUUUUUUCUUCAUCCCUUCCCUUUUGUUUUACCUAAACUGCCUUUCUGCAUACUUUUUCCCUGACCCUCUCUGGAAAGCAUUCCCUCUCUCUUUCCAAAAAACCUUUUGAGAAUCCUUUCUGCUGAUCGCAUUUACUUCUUAUUUUCCCUGUUUGCUUGUCUUGUCUUACCUCUUUUGUCAUCACAGAUCUACUAAAACUGUAAAAACAUACUCUCCAAACUCUGUUAAUCAUGAGAAAACAAACUUGCAACAUUCUUCUCAUCUGUGUGAUUAUCAGCUCCAUCACUGUAUUUUAUUUUGGCAUUAGCACUAUAGAAUGUCCAAAUUCCCGCUCGCGGACUGCACAGAACGUGUGGCCGUCGAAUCUGCAUGCGGGCAAAAACCUCAGCGGCCUCCCUCAGGAGUACAACGAGGAAACCCCUCUCAUUUUCGUGGGUGGAGUCCCUCGCAGCGGCACCACUCUAAUGCGAGCCAUGUUGGAUGCCCACCCUCUCGUACGUUGCGGAGAGGAGACCCGCGUCAUCCCCCGACUGUUGGCCAUGCAGGCCACCUGGAGUCACUCCGCACGCGAGCGGGUCCGACUUGAUGAGGCUGGCGUUACGGACGAGGUACUGGAUUCUGCUGUACGUGCCUUCCUGUUGGAGAUCAUAGUGGGGCAUGGGGAACCGGCCCCGAGGCUCUGCAAUAAGGACCCGUUCGCUUUGAAGUCCCUGUCCUACCUCUCCAAGCUUUUUCCAAGGGCAAAGUUCAUCCUCAUGCUCCGAGACGGCAGAGCCACCGUGCACUCUAUGAUUUCCCGCAAGGUGACUAUUACUGGAUUUGACUUGACGAGUUACAGGGACUGUCUGGUGAAGUGGAACCGAGCGGUGGAGGUGAUGUACGACCAGUGUCUGGCUGCGGCACAUGGGAACUGUCUUCCGGUGCACUAUGAGCAGCUGGUGCUGUACCCUGAGAGGGUGACGCGCAAGCUUCUACAGUUCCUGGAUCUGCCGUGGGACUCCACCGUGCUACACCACGAACAGCUUAUUGGGAAAGCGGGUGGAGUUUCAUUGUCAAAGGUGGAACUGUCAACCGACCAAGUAGUCAAACCUGUGAAUACAGAGGCUCUGGUUAAAUGGGUGGGCAAGAUUCCUGCUGAUGUGGUGACUGAUAUGGCCAACCUCGCCCCAAUGCUAAGUCGAUUGGGUUAUGACCCUCUGGCCAACCCCCCAAACUACAGCAAGCCUGAUCUCUUAUUCAUCUAAACAAUACAAAAAUUGUGAUGUCAAACUAGAACUGAAGCAAAAUAAAGUUCUUUCUGUGGAUAAAUAAAACUUAAAGCAAUAAAACAAAAGGACAUAAAGACUUGAAUUAACAAGAAAAUCACUUUCAUUAUGGCGAUCUUGUUUGUUGACAAAUGUUUUUUGAAAAGAAAUGCCAAUUGUGGACAAUUGUUGCUGCUGUUUGUCAGUGUUAAUGAGCUAGCGGCAACAGGUUUAAAACAAAUCUUGAUGUUGACUUGAAUUAAACCUGAAACUUAAUUACAAAGUUUUUUUUUGGUGUGUUGGUUAUUCUCUGUCUGUUACUUACUAGUGACUGUUGCCUUUACUUUUGUAUGUGUUCAUGCAUGUGUCAUUUGGUUCCCAUACAGGAAACUGUUUAAAGAGGAGGUUAAUAGUUGCACAAAAUGAACACUUAUUGUUUUUUAUGUUUUAGUCUAAUGAUCCUUUAAUGAUGAUUUGUGUGUAAGUGUUUUUUUUAAACCUGAAUUGUAUAUUUGACACAUUUAGUCCUAGUAUGAAGAACUUGAUAAGAAUCCAACUUGCAAUUUGUGAAGAUGUUACUUGUUACAGACACUUUUUGCUACAGAUGCAACAAAUAUUUAUUAAAUGUUUGUUCUUUCUAAGAAUUUUUUUUGUUUAAAUGUGUGUGACAAUUACACGGAUUGCAAUUAACUGCUUUAAGAGUUAUUAAACGACAG